AUCACACAGCUACACGGUGGUUCUCCGCUCCUGCAUCUCUUCCGCAUCCGCCCUCCGGAUGCGCCCCUGCCCCCUCCCGCCCUCCCCGCCACGCCGAGCGCCCCUCCCUUUCCCCGCCCGCGCAGCUCCGACAGCCAUGGCUACGUACGAUAUUGCGCCGGUCCUCUCGGCCGACUCUCCCGAUGGAAUGAAGGCUGCUGCCAAGACCCUGGCAGACAAGGUGGCGGCCGGCGGGCCGCUGUCCCUCAAGACGUCUGGGCUCAUCGCGAGCCUCAAGUCGGAGCUCGCCGACAAGGGCAAGGCCAAGGCGAACCAGCGCGCCGCUUCGCUCAUCGCGCUCAACGCCCUGCUCACCAAGCUCGGCGCCUCGGGAGAGGCCUGGAUUGCGCCGAUGCUUCCGGACGUCAUCGAGGCGCUCUCGGACAAGAUGAAGCCGGUGCAGCUCGCCGCAAACGAGGUCGUCACGACUCUGGGGGACACGCUGUCGCCGAACGCGCUGCGCUUCGUCAUCCCGAUGGUGCUGGCCGAGUGCGACGGCAAGUGGCAGGGCAACCUCGGCCGCGCCCAGAUGCUCGGCAACCUCUCCAAGAAGCACCCGAAGCAGAUGGCGCGCCACCUGACCGAGGCGACUGUCGCGCCAGCCCGUCUCCCUCCUGCCACCGCACCCUCCCUCUCCUUCCUCAGCCCUCAGCCCAUCCAACCCCCCCCCCCCCCCCCAAAAACUCCUCAGGCCCGCAUCGUCGAAAACAUGGCCAAACUCUGCGACGACCCGUACGAGAUCGCGCCGUUCGUGCCGCUCCUGCUGCCCGCGCUCGAGCGUGCCAAGGAGGAGAUCUCCGACCCGGAGUGCCGCGACGUCUGCGCCAAGGCGCACGAGCAGCUGUCGCGCACGGCAAACAAGCCGCCCGCGUCAAAGGUCUCCGCCACCAUCGAGGGCCUCUUCGGCGCCGUCGACGCCGACGCGCUCGCCUUUGCGACCUCGAUCUCCCUCGCGCUGUGUGACCUCAAGAACCUCGCGCCCGCCGAUUGGGCGGCGGCCCUCAAGCCCUGCUUCGACGCGGCGCUGCCAAAGGCGGACACCGGCAAGCUGAUCGGCUCGCUGCUCGAGCAGUGCGCAAAGGACGUGCAGAUCGAGGAGGCAAAGGAGGAGGUGGACGACGCGGAGCAGCUGUGCGACUGCCAGUUCUCGCUCGCGUACGGCAACAAGGUCCUCCUCAACCAGACCAAGCUCAAGCUCAAGCGCGGCUACCGGUACGGCCUGUGCGGCCAGAACGACUCGGGCAAGACGUCGCUGAUGCGCGCCAUCGCCAACCAGCAGGUCGAGGGCUUCCCGCCCCCGACCGAGCUGCGCACGAUGUUUGUCGAGACGGACGUCACCGGCGAGGUCGCAGACACCGAGUACGACGACGGCUCCGGCCGGCUCCUCUCCGAGUGCUCGGUGAUUGAGUUUGUCUCGAAGUUCGCCGGCCUCCAAAAGUACGGCGUCACGGAAGAGAUGGCGCGCGAGAAGCUCCUCUCGGUCGGCUUCGCCGAGACGGACGCGAUGCUCCCCGACGGCACGCUGCCCGCGGCCUCGCUGCAGAAGCAGGUCGGCCGGCUGUCGGGCGGCUGGCGCAUGAAGUGCGCGCUGACGCGCGCGAUGCUGAUGAAGGCCGACAUCCUGUUGCUCGACGAGCCGACCAACCACUUGGAUCCGGGCAACGUCAAGUGGGUGAUCGACUACCUCACGUCGCUGAGCAACGUCACCUCGAUCAUCGUCUCGCACGACAUCAAGGUGCUCGACAUCGUGUGCACCCACACGCUGCAGAUCACAAACCUGAAGCUCAAGCUCUUCAAGGGCAACCUGACCGAGGUUGCCAAGCGCGACGCGCCCGAGCUGCUCUCGUACUUUGAGCUCAAGGCGACAAAGUUCAAGAUGAACUUCCCGCAGCCGGGCCCGCUCGAGGGCGUCACCUCCAAGGGCAAGCACAUCAUGAAGAUGACGAACAUCACCUUCACCUACCCGGCCGCCGAGCGGGCGCAGCUGACCGGAGUCACAGUCCGCGUCUCGCUGUGCCAACGGCGCCGGCAAGUCGACGAUGAUCAAGCUCCUCACUGGCGAGCUCGAGCCGGACGCCGGGUGUGGCGGCACCCCAACUGCCGCGUGGCGUACGUGGCGCAGCACGCCUUCCACCACAUCGAGAAGCACCUCGAGAAGACGCCCAACGAGUACAUCCGCUGGCGGUACGAGCACGGCUCCGACAAGGAGUCGCUGCAGAAGAUCACGGCCAAGAUGACGCCCGAGGAGGAGAAGAAGAUCACGCAGGUGCCCUGCCUCCCGCGCUGCCCUCCUCGCCCGCCCUCCUCGGCGGCUCGCUCUCUCUCCCACAGCGGGCCCGUGCCUCCGCAGGUCUGCCCUGAGGUGUGGCACCUCGAAAACCACACGCUCAAUCUCAAGGGCUCGUACGACUGGCUCGAGUCGGCAAACAAGGAGGCGACCAAGCAGGCGGCGCAGGCCGACACGUACAUCGACGGGCUUGGCAACGAGGUUGCCAUCGCCAAGGCCAAGAAGCCGCCCACCAAGGCGGAGCUCAAGAAGAUCAAGAAGGCGAUCGCCGAGAAGCGCAAGGGCGGCCUCGAGGUGUACACGGACGAGGAGCUCGAGGAGGCGGGCUUCUUGGUGGAGGGCUGAGGGAGGGGACCCCCUCAGCCCGGGUCAGAGUGUCCUCGCCGGGGCCGCCCCUGCGGCUCGAGUCAGGGGCAUGAGGUCGGCGGGCGGCGGGCGGCGGGGGGGAGGUGACUGGCCGGGCGCGGCCGGCUUCCUCCUCUCUCGUGCACCCGUCCCCGCGGCCGUAGAUCCUCGCGCGCGCGCCGCGCCGCCGCCGCGCGGCGCGCCGGGGACUACCGCUUGCAGCUGCUGCGCGGGCGCCGUCCUUGCAGGACGGCCCGCCCGCUAGUUAUUUGCAUAACACGUGGUUCGCUCGCCUUGGUUUGUGUUAUAGAUUGAUGUAGUCCCGGGUACGUCUUCUCUACGCUCGGAGCCUUCACACCUCUCCCCGCAGCCCACCAAUGGCUGCGCGCCCUCGCGGUCGCGCGGCUCGCGCGUCGCGCGCUAUCCUUUAGCAUUUAGAGCCGUAGGUCGCUAACAGGUAAGGUAAUUUUUGUACACCCGUGCCGGAGAUU